GUUACUUACGUGACAGAAGUGAAACUAAACACAUGACAGGUCAACUUCAAAGGUGACAGGCGUAACAAGUGCAUGCUCUUUGAUCCAUUGACUGAGGUUAAUUACUUGAAGGUGGUGCAUGUGUUUACCAAGAAUUUCGAUUGUUUUCCCUGCAAUUGAAGUUUUGAUUUGUAACGCACUGGAUGAGCGGUAACCUGUGAUGAAUUAGUUUUGCAUCAAUUUCAGGAUUCUUGAAAAUGAACGAAUUUAGAUGCCACAAGACAAAGCCUAAUCAGAAUGUACAUGUACAAAUGUACGAGCAUUUUACUUCUGACAGGAAAUCCCACUAAAUAUGUCUGAGUUGUCAACUCCGAAAAGGAAGCAACUUGGGAUAGUGUCAAGAGAUAAUAGCACACUGAAUGAAAGCCCAAGCAGUAAAUAUGUCCUAUCGAGAAGACAAACAACCCUUGACCAGUUUCUGUGCAAACCUGUUAAAAGAAGGGAGAGAUGUGACAGCCCCUGCCGAGGUCCCACUCCCAGUGCCCAUCCCCCUGGGAGAAACUUGACACAGGCUUAUACUCCACGAAGCAAGAAAACAAGACCUAAGACAGAUAUUAAAGAGCAUAAAACUGUAAAUGCCGUGCAAAGUACCAGUAGACAGGCUAAUAAUGUGGCAAUACAAUCAAAUACUUUUUGCCUAAAGAGGAGGCUCUGUUUUUGUCUAAUACUUGUGUUAUCUAUGAUUAUAAUUGGUGUUUUAAGGCAAGUGACACAUCCUACUUGUGGACAUUUAACCAUGAAUUUCACAGUCUUGGAGCUGGCUCUCAAGGAAAAGGUAUUUGGGCAACACUUGGCUGUAAAUAUCAGCCUGAGCAGAAUAAAGAAAUACCUGGAGGAUAGGACAGCUUUUCAGCCAUUAGUGCUCUCUUUUCAUGGUUGGACAGGUGGAGGAAAGAACUAUAUGAGUUCCAUUAUUGCUGAGAACAUACCUAAUGUCAGACAACACAAAUUUAUAAUUCCACUGCAUUUCCCUAAUCCAUCUAAUAUGAAUAGUAAUAUGUAUCAACAUCAGAUUACAGAGUGGAUGAAAUCUAAUAUAUCAAAUUGUGCAAUAAAUUUGUUCAUAAUUGAUGAAAUGGAUAAAGCAAACCCAGGACUCAUUUUAGGGAUGCAGGAAACACUUGAAGAGCUGAGAGACUGGAAAGCUAAAGCAAAAACUAUUGUUAUAUUUCUGAGCAACUCUCAAGGGAAAGCCAUUAAUCUUUUUAUCUUAGAUGCUCUGAGAGAGGGAAGACAGAGAGAAGACAUCACUUACAGUGAACUGUCCUAUUUAUUUGAGUCUGCUGCUGAAACCAAUAUGUGGUUUCAUGCUCUUCAUAAAAAAGGACUAAUUGAUGCAUAUGUCCCCUUUCUGCCCUUGGAGAAAACCCAUGUUAAGAGGUGCAUAGAAAGAGAUUUGAAAGAGAAAGGUUAUGCACCUAGUGAAAAGCUUGUUCAACAUAUAAGUGAACAGAUGUUUUAUUUUCCUGAAGAAUUGCCUAUUUUCUCUAAAUCUGGGUGUAAAAGGGUUAAUACAAAAGUUGAUUUGUCUUUAUAGAUAUGCUUGUCAUUUAUAUUCAUGGAAAAUAAUGUAUUAUUAUUAUUAUUAUUAUUUUUAUUUUUAUUUUUUGAAAAAUAAUCAGUAUUAUUGAAAUAUUAUUUGUCAGAUUAUCUUAAUUAUUUGUUGCAGGGUUAUGGUAAUACUUAGUGUAUAUGUAUUGUUGUGCCUGUAAGACCUGGACCUUG